AGAAACGCAAAUCGACGCGACGACAAAUAACAAAGGGGCAGCGGGCAGAGCGGUGCCGACGCCAGCCACCACAUCCUCCACCCCGCCUCUUCACCACCUCCCGUCUCCCGACUCCUCCCCCCUCCCUCCAAAUCCGCCGCCGCCGCCGGGACGCGGAGGCAGGGGAUAACCCUAGGCGGCCCCGACCGCGAGCCCUCCCGUCCGUUCUGUCGAUCGCCCUGCUGCUGCGGCGUAGGGUGUUCCGCGCGCGCGCGUCUCGUCUCGUCUCGUCUAGAUCGGAUUCGAUUCGGUUUUGUUGCGGGGGGUAGCGACGAUGGGGUCGCGGCGGUCGCGGCGCGUUUCGUGGGCCACCGGACCCAGCCUCUGCAAGGUAAGGCUGUUCAUAUCUGAGGAUUCCCCUUCUCAAGCUGGAUUAAGACCUCAAGACAAUCUCCAAGCAAAAGGCUCAGCAUCCUUAAUGCAUGCUGCUAGCCCGAGUUCAGAUGAUUCCCUGCCUCCGGGUUUUGAGUCACUGCAGCCAACCAAUGACCUCAAAAUUGACAUAUCUCAAAUUCCUCUUAUUAGGUGGAAAUGCCCACCACAUAUAUUGCUGAACCCAAACUGGCACCUUGCCUCUGGAGAAGAAAGCAGGGAGAUUGCUGUACAAAAUGAGAGAAUGUUUGGAGUGCUUGAGGCUAUUUAUCCACGUGCAUCGAACAUUCCUCCAAACCCAUUUGUUUCUCCUGAUGUGAAAGACUCCCAUUAUGAUGACUCCGGAACCCCAUUGGUUCCUGUGAUCCCUGUCGAAGAUGAUGAUGCUUCAGAUCAGUCGGAAGGACCAUUGCUUGAUCAACCAAACGAUUACCAUCAGUUCGAUAACUAUGGCCCUGCAGAAAUCAAUGGGCUGCAAGUGUCAAAUACUCCAAUUACUCCUGCACAACAGCAGCCUGGUGGAUCCACUGGCGUUGAAGCUGAUGUGUUGGCUGCAGCCUCUGCUGCAUACACUGCAAUAAUGCAGAGCAACCAAAAGGGAAGUAUGGUUGACCGAGAUCUACUUGUUAAAAUACUAAGUGAUCCUGUACAAGUUGAGAGGUUAAUGAAAGAAUACAACCAAAUUAGAAAUGAACAAUCUACUAGUAGUUCUGUUGUUGCCCCAAUGCCACCGUGUCCACCCCCCCAAAUGACAAUGACUGCCCCUGCCUCAUAUUCCAAUCAUAUGACAACUUUCCAGAACACAAAUUCCACCCUGCCACCUCCAUCACCAAUGGCCCCACUGCCAAUGAUGAAUCGACCGCCUCAAGGAUAUCCUCCAGUUCCCAUGAAUCAUCCACCCGGUUCUAGUCCAGCUAUGAAUCUUCCACCGGCAGCUAUGAAUCAUCGACCAGGUUCAAAUCCACCUAUGAGUCAUCCACCAGGUUCAAAUCCACCUAUGAGUCGUCCACCAGGUUCCAAUCCACCUAUGAGUCGUCCACCAGGUUCAAAUCCACCUAUGAGUCGUCCACCGGGGUCAAAUCCAGCUAUGAGUCAUCCACCGGGUUCAAAUCCAGCUAUGAGUCAUCCAUUGGGCUCAAAUCCAGCUAUGAGUCAUGCACCGGGUUCAAAUCCAGCUAUGAGUUAUCCACCGGGUUCAAGUAGUCCAGCUAUGAAUUUUUCAGGUGCUCCACCAAGGGCUAUCAACUAUUACAAAACCCUUAUCCAUCAGCAUGGUGGUGAGAGGCAGGAAUCAUUUGAACAACAUGGAAGGCAGUUUGGAAUGUACCAUCAAUCUGUUCCUCCCCAAACUAAUGGUAUUGAUGCUAUGAACGGUGCUUCUAUGGUGAACAGAGAUACGAAAACGAGGCCAACAAGACCAUGUGCCUACUUCAACGGCCCGAGAGGGUGUCGCAACGGAGCUAAUUGCACGUUUCUACAUGACUCAUCUGCCACUUCAAGGCAGCAGGAGCAACAGAACGGCUCGAAAAGGAUAAAGUUAGACAGCAGAAUAACUGGUCGAAAUUGAGCUGUUGGCUGCUAUUCAUGUUUUUGACUGUUCUUUGGUUCAAUAUCUUUUCACAUGCAUGGUUCAGUAAAUAUGUCAGACGCCAGCUCCCUGUCCUGUUGACUCCCUCCCAGUAGCUUGCCUUCUCUCCUUUUUAUAGCCAAAAAGAUGUUCUGGAAGAAAAGGGAAAUACUUCCAUCUUAUAUUGGAGCUCAGAUUUUUACUGAACCAUUAUACACCGUUAUUGAAGCACUUAAAUCGUGGCUAGUUUCAUGCUGCGUUAGUGGAGAC